AUGUCCGAAUCACAGCCAAAAUCUUCCGCAUCGCCCUGGGUCAUCCUCGCAGUGACGAGUGGUGCCUUCGCCGCAUUGAACGGUGUCUUUGCGAAACUAACCACGGACCAACACACAACAUCAUUCGCCCAGUCAAUCGCCCACAUCUUCGGAAAGGACUCAUCGCCUUUUAUCGAGAUGCUCGUUAGAGUAGCCUGCCUCGGCCUAAACGUCCUCUGCAACAUUAUCAUGUGGGCACUAUUCACGCGUGCUCUCACAGCCGGCCCGUCAACGACGAAAGUCUCCAUCACCAAUACGGCCUCUAAUUUCCUCGCCACGGCCGUCCUGGGAAUGGUCGUUUUCCAGGAGGCUGUUGGGGGCUUGUGGUGGGUUGGUGCGGGGAUGAUGGGGGCGGGAUGUAUUCUUGUUGGGAUGAGGGAGGGGGCUUAA